GACCGCCGAGGCGGCGGGCGGCGCCGGUGGCCGCGGGGGGUUUUGCUGCUGGGCCGCAGACGACCUCACGGAUUUCUGCGGCACGUGCCUGCCGAUGGCCAUCGCGGGGCCCACCAGCUACUGCAGCAAGUCUCGGGCCGCAUGCGGGUCGUGCGGCUCCGCGACGUGGUGCCAGGAGGGCCCCAAGAGUCGCCAGGAAGCGGCGCCUGGAACAGAGCUGCUCCUGAGCUUCGAUGGCACUCAGGCGCUUGCCCCAGACGGCGUCAUCGGCAUGAAGGUGGGCGGCAGGACCUACAACGUCACCGUGGUGGACUCCAGCUUCGAGGCCUUCCCGACGCCGCCCCCGACGCCCGCGCCCACGGCGCGGGCGCCCGCGCCCGCGCGCGUGCCCGCCGCGGGCGCCCCGGCGCCGAGCGUCGACGCCGUGAGGCAGCACGGCAGGCUGCGCGUCCAGGGCAACACGAUCGUCGGGGAGCACGGGAUGCCGGUGCGCUUGCGCGGGAUGUCGAUGUUCUGGUCGCAGUGGAUGGGCCAGUACUGGACCCCCGACACUAUCAGGUGGCUCAAGGAGGACUGGCACGUCUCUUUCAUCCGCGCCGCCAUGGGCGUCGAGCAGGGCGGCUACCUGGAAAACCCGGGCGCAGAGAAGGCGAAGCUGCAGGCCGUGGUGGACGCCUGCAUCGACGCGGGCAUCUACGUGGUCAUCGACUGGCACGCCUACCACGGCGAGGACCACGUCGAGGAGGCGAAGGCCUUCUUCGGCGAGAUGGCCCAGAAGUACGGCGACAAGCCCCACGUGCUCUUCGAGACGUACAACGAGCCCCAGCAGGUCGACUGGUCGGGCGUCAUCAAGCCGUACCACGAGCAGGUCGUCCCCGUGAUCAGGGAGCACUCCGACAACAUCAUCAUCUUGGGCACGAGGACAUGGUCACAGGAGGUGGACGUGGCCUCGGAGGACCCCGUCCUGGGCGACAACCUGGCCUACACGGUGCACUUCUACGCCGCCUCGAUGGGCGCCGGUCUCCGGGCGAAG